GGACUACAGUCACCACCGGGACAGAGCGGCGAUGGCAUCCCGGGUCUCCUUCACCCAGGUCCGGAUGGAAGUGGAGGUGGAGCGCUAUCGGGCCGAGUGUCAGUGGGACAAGAUCCCGACGAUGGUCGAUCAGAUGAAGGCUGCGCGGUUCCAUGAGGACGAUGACUAUGGGUUGCUGCUGAUGGCCGAGGCGCUGCUGGAGGAGAGCCUGCAGGAAAACAUGGACCUAUUACGGAGCUCCACACCUUUGAUCGACAAGACCCAGCCUAGACUGUGCCUGGCCAAAGGCCACCUCAACUCUGUCCUCAGCCGAGGCCAUCUCACACCCAGGUACUUGAACGAGGCUCUGCUGAUGAUGGCCAAAGUGCACUUUGUGCAGGGUCGCUACCGGGACGCCCAGGGAAUGUGUGCCAGGGUGGGACUGGACGAGCUAACGCGGGAUGAGCAGCCGACCUACCAUCUCCGCCUGCUGGCCGAGGCUUUUGUCAUGAAAGGUCUGUCUCUGGACCAUCAGACGGUCUCCGCAGUGUCUCGUGUCCGCCUGUCAGAAAGGGAGGAGGAGAGUCUGUGCUGUUACCUGAGGGCGUGUGACGCUGCUCUGUCUUACCUGCAGGAGCUCGAUAAGACAAUAUCAACGCCUCACAGUAAGACAGCCAAAUCCAGUACGCUCCCUCAACCUGUGGAAAUGGACCUGGGCUACUUCCUGCAGGCGUCCUUACAGAGCGCGUACCUCUGUCUGCUGCAGAGGGGUCAUCUCGCACAGGGUGCUCACCAACUGCGUAGGGUGCUCAGGGUGGUGGAGUCACGAGGGUCUCAGAGCUUCAGGAAGUCUGCAGCGAGGAAGCUAGCAGAGGUACUGCUGAGCUUUGUGAGUGAGGACAGCUACUGGCCCCCGCUGGGCCCCCCACCCUCAGCCUGGCUCCACAGAGAGGGGGCCGCGGCCUCCAAAGACGCCGUCUACCCCACUGUUAAACCACCGCAGCGCUACAGCACUGACAGUUGCUUCUGUCCUCAGGACGUGGUGGAGGAGGCUGUGUUGUUGCUGCUCAUCACCGAGUCCAUGGCCAGCGGAGACGCGGUGAUCAGUCGUCUUCCAGACCAGGCUGAAGCCCGUCAGAGCAGCCUGCAGGAUGCCACCUCCGUCUAUGACCUGCUCACCCUCGGCAUGGCCAGAAGGGGGCAGUAUGGCAUGCUGUCUGAGUGUCUGGAGCGAGCCAUGAAGUUUUCAUUCAACGAGUUCCACCUCUGGCACCAGCUGGGCCUGUCACUCAUGGCAGCCAGGAAGGGGGUCGGUGCUGUGUCUGUAUUUAAAGAGUGUGCCAGGAUGAGACCAGAGGACCCCUCGUUGCCGCUAUUGGCUGCUAAAGUCUGCAUUGGUCAACUGCAAUGGUUUGGGGAGGCUGAGGAUCUGUCGCAGAGUGUGGUGUCCAUGGGGCAAGAAGCAGGAGAAUUUCUACCUAGAGCCUACCUUUCCCUGGGACUGUGCUGCAGUUUGCAGGCCUCUGAGGCCUCUCUAAAAGCUGAUCGUAAUGAGUUCAACAAAAAAGCGCUACGAGCAUUGAGCAAGGCUCAUUCAUUAGACCCUGAGGACGCUCUGAUAGCGAUGUACCUGUCUCUGCAGCUGGCACUUGUGCGGCAGGUUUCAGCAGCCAUCGAGCCCCUGCAGGCAGCUUUAUCUCUCCGUGGGGACGACUUACACUCCCUCCACCUGCUGACGCUGCUACUGAGCGCCCAGAAACACCAGCGUCAUGCCCUGGACACCCUGAACCUGGCCCUCAGCCAGCACCCCGGCAACUUCAACCUGCUGUUCACCAAGGCGAAGCUUCAAGAGGCCCUGUUUGGCCCGGCUGUAGCCUUGCAGACCUGUGAGGAGAUGCUGCAACACUGGCUCAGCCGCUAUGAUGUCAGCCGCUCCAGUGAGACAGAUGACAGCAGCAGUAUACCGAUGGCUGACAGGGCAGAGGUCAGCUCUGGACCAAGGAAACACUCCAUCCACCUCACCCUGCCAGACUUCCAGGACGCCUCCUCCGGUUUGCUGAGUCCUACGUCAGUGGCAGUGUCCCGUCUGGAAGCAGCGCUAUCUGAGGUGUCGGACAUCAGCUCCACCCGUCGCCAAGGACCCACCUACAUCUGGACCAUCCUGGAACGCAUUUGGCUUCAAGCUGGGGAGUUGUUCAUGGUGGAUGGUCGGCUAAAAGAGGCCCAGUUCUGCAUAGCUGAGGCCAGCGCGCUAUUCCCAAGCUCGUACUCGGUGAUGCUGCAGCGGGGUCGCCUAGCCGAGCUCCGGGGCCAACUGGAAGAAGCCAAAGGCUGGUAUGACGAGGCCCUGGCCCUCCAUCCCACAGGAGAACGCAUACUUGUGCACAUGGGCCGUCUGCUGGUGAGAACUGGGCGUGUCCACCUCGGAGAGAAGGUCCUGCGUGACGCGGUCCAGGCCCACAGCACCUCCCACGAGGCGUGGAGCGGCCUGGGCGAGGCCCUGCAGUCCCGGGGCUCCAGCCAGGCCCCCGACUGCUUCCUGACAGCCCUGGAGCUGGAGGCGUCCUGCCCCAUCCGGCCCUUCACCAUCAUCCCCAGGGAGCUUUGAUGAGCCUGGGCGAGGGUUGGGGUUAGGGUUAAGGCAUUUUGCUGUUGCUAUAAUUAUAUAUAGCUGUGCUGGGUGGAAAGAUGUUUGACAUUUUGGGAAAAAGGCCAGUAUUCCCUUUUUAAGCAAGAAAGUAUAUUUUCUAAAUCAAAUCAUGUAAUAUUACUUUUUCGCUUUCUGCAACAAUGUUCUUGCUCUGAAUGACUGUCAUUGUCAUCCAUUUUAAUAUGUUGUCCUUUCAUCCACAUAAUACUUCAAAUAAGCAUUCCUAGUAUCAAUUAUUGAUAAGUUAUCAGAUAAAAAGUGCAUCAAAUUAUUUUUUAAAACACAUUUACAUGAAUACAGAAACAUUAAUAUUGGAAAUCAAUGCUGUUUGUGCAGAAAGCACUGUGUAUAGUGAAUAAUGUUAAAGUGUAAGUUCUGUAACAAUGUACAUCUCCUAUGGAGUUAUAAGAACAGAAGUGAUAGCUCUCAAUUAGUGACAGAUUACUAAUAUGUAUAAGAAUAAUUGGUUAUCAAAUUGAUGGGUCAUAAAUCGCAGAAAUGUGCUAGUUACAUCUCGAGAUAGAUUAUAUUUUGUGUGUUACAUGUGGAAAGGCAGAUACAUAGAUAAUGUUUGCUGUCAGUAACAUCAGCAGCUCCACUUCAUCUUUAUUUUAACCUUUGAUGCAUUUUUGAUGAUCAUGUUGAUUGAUGCAGCUUUCAUGUACACACCCUCGCCUCUUCCAAUGAGAGCUCAUGUGUUUCCUAGCAGGGGCAAUCACAUAUCACUCCAUAUGUCAUUAUUUGGUAUGUGUGUGCUUGCCUAUGUGCAUGCAUGUGUGCUGUCUUUAUACUACCAUGUUUAAUGCUUCCAUGCGUGUGUUUGUUUUACCAUCCCCCUGGGGUGUUAUCAGUCCCUGUUUGUUCUGUCUGUGCGGUACAGUAGGCGACUCAUCCGCUCCUAAUGUGCGUGUGUUGUUUUUGUGUUAUUUUGACUCAUCUGUUCGUAAUGCUCUCCAUUAAAAACAACAAUGGCUUUUAAAAAAAUCA